UACUCGUCACACCUUCCCUGCUUCCCCAUCUUCGUGAUGUUCACAGGUCUGAUUGAACACCUGGGCACCGUCUCGAGCAUCGAACACGAUGCUGGUGGCUGCACAUUGACGGUUGCCGACUCCGCUGCCGUCCUCGACGACUGCCACACCGGGGACUCGAUCGCCGUGAAUGGCGCGUGCUUAACCGCCACGGACUUUGACAAGGUGCAGCACGGGGGGUGGUUCAAGGUUUGGCUGGCGAACGAGACGCUGGAAAGAACGGAUCUUGGGGAACUGAAGGUUGGAGAUCAAGUCAAUCUUGAACGUGCGAUGGGCGCACAUGUUCGCUUUGGCGGACACUUUGUACAGGCACAUGUCGACACCACCGCUACUAUCGUAGAGAAGAAGCCAGACGGGGACUCUAUUCGCAUUCUCUUCCAACUUCCUGAGCCCACCCCCGCACGUCCUUCUCUUCUGCCCUAUCUCAUUCCCAAGGGCUACGUCGCGAUUGACGGAGCCUCGCUCACCCUUACUUCCGUAAACGAUGCUGACCGGACCUUUGGCGUCAUGCUCAUUAAGCAUACUCAGGAGAAGAUCACUGUUGGAAAGAAGCCUGUUGGCUCCAAGGUCAACAUCGAAGCCGACAUGGUAGGUAAAUUUGUGGAGAAGAGCGUUACCGCGGCCCUCAGUGGAGAUGGUGGACCCAUAAAAUCGCUAGUAGAGAAGGUCGUUGAAGAAGUACUCGCAAAGAAAGGCAUUCAGUAGUAACCAAACAACGGAAAGAUGUGUACAUGUGUAAAUAUUUUAUCCCGCCCUCUGAGUGGCGGGCGCGGCGGCCUACGCGCCGGCGCGUUGCCCGG